UGGUAUGCGAGUUGUAGCCGCCCAGACGGGUAUGUUACCAGAAAGGAUAGUUCAGUUCGAAGCAAUGUGUGAAACCAGUCGCAUGCGGAGAGUUGUGUUUGCGCGAUCAUACUCAUGCUGAUUACGGCGCCACGGUUGAUAGCUAGUGUGGACUUUAAGUCGAUUUUGUGCCAUUCAAGAAGACUGACUCGUUGAUGUAGAAAAGAAUGCUGAGUGGAGGAUAUUUACCGGUAGUUUUAGUUAUAGUGCAGUUCAGUGUGAUCCGAACCCAAAGCAAUGUGCCGUUAGAUCAAACUGCAAAUGGAUACAAUCAACAGAGACUGCAGUACGCAACGCAGCAGUCUCAAUGGGGGCAGCGGGGAAGUGCCGCGGCACCUGCCGUACAAGGCCAACCAGAAUUCCAGUAUGAUGCAGCAUCUUUCGCUGUUACUGAUCUGGCUCGCCGCAUUGGUACAGUGUUGGGUCAACAGAACAACGCCGCCGUUUUCUCACCUGUGAGCAUCGCAUGCGCCCUAUCUCUUCUGCUACUGGCGGCGAGUAAAGAGACUAAACAGGAGCUGAUACAAGUGCUGAAUUACAAUCCGGAUGAACAAUCAACGGUUGCCAUUCAUCGUCAGUAUGGAAAAAUGCUUCAAGAAGUGGCUUCAACGCAACCCGAUCUGUACCCCAUUCCUUGGCGUAGAACGGAUCGUUGCUCCGAUGAGAAGGAUGAUGACUAUAUGGAUGAAAAUCAAAUUAUUCACCUGGCAAAUGCAAUAUUUGUGAAACAAGACUUGUCAAUAAGUAAUCGAUUUGUGGAAGCCUCUCGUACUUUCUACAACAGUUCUAUAAACAAGUUAGAUUUUUCCGGUAGUCCACAGCAGUCGGCUUCCAGGAUAAAUCGUUGGGCGAGUGAAAGUACUUUCGGUAAAAUCAAUCAAAUCGUGCCAAGUUAUAUGAACCCCGAUACUCAGAUGAUAGUGGCGAAUGCGUUGUACUUCAAAGGUUUGUGGAAGGAAAUGUUCGAGAAGCAAGUUACUACAUACAGAAAAUUUUACCCGGAUGGCCAUGCGAACCCAUCGACGGCAAAAGAUGUACUCAGUAUGGCCGUUAUUGGCUGUUUCCCAUCCUACGACGCAGUUCAGUAUGACGCCAGAAUUGUUGGUCUGCCCUAUCAGGGUGACAAAACAACACUGUACAUAAUCAUUCCGAAUAAUUCAACCAAAGCCAAAUUGCAACGAUUCCAGAGUACACUGACCGCUAAAGAUAUCGGCCAUAUGGUGACACAGAUGAGGGUUAGGAAAACUUUGCUUCAGAUACCCAAAAUGAAAAUUUCCAACACGAUCAAUCUUCGCGAAGUGCUGCAAAAGCUGAAUCUUCGAACAAUCUUUAAUCCAGCCAGCAGUGAUCUCUCCGGUCUCUUGGAGCUACCGUCCGCUGGAGGGGAGGAGACUAUCGAUCGCAAUCGAUUUGUGAUCCGUAACAGUGCCAACUCGGAACGACUUUAUGCCAGCGACAUUAUCCACAAGGUGGAGCUGGAAAUCAACGAAAAAGGCACGGAGGGUGGGGCCAUCACCGCAUCAACGAUAUUCCGCUCGCUGCCUUCGGUACAGGUGCGGGUCGAUGUGCCGUUCCUGAUGCUGCUUGGCCACGAUGCCACCCGGCUACCGUUGUUUUAUGGCAGCAUUUAUGAUCCGACCGGAUGUCUUGCGGUGAACGGAUGGUAUACACAGUACGAAGUGUCUGCCGGCAGAGACUGGAAAUUCAGAAUGAGGCAAACGAGAAUACUGAUACUACUUUAUGCAGCAAUAAUUUGCUACUUGGCAGGGGUAGCUGGACAAACCAAACAUCGCUAUGCUACCCUAGCACGAAGAUCCAAUAUCCAAAAUAUCCAAAAACGCACAAGCCAGGAGACAAGUCAGCGUUUAAGCAAUCCGACGGCAUUCCGAAGUGUCAUAACGAGCCAAAAUGACAAACAACUAUCACAAGCCAUUGUCGACAUGGCACUAAACAUUGGACGCCUCUCGGCUGAACAGAACAGUGCAGCGGAAAUUUCUUCCCCCGUUAGUAUAAUGGGAGUGUUGAAUAUGCUUUUACUCAGUGCUGACGGAACCACCCGCUCGGAGCUACUCGGUGCACUCAAAUUGAGCAACAGUGUCAAAAUCAACGAUUACCAUCGGAGGGCUGCUGGGCUGUUCGCGAAUCUUAUGGAUGACAACCCGAAGGAACUCGAACGGCUGCUCUGGAAGGCUGAAUCCUGCGUGGCUGAUGACUACGACGAUGAAGACGAGAGUGAUAUUGCAACGCCAAAAUCCAAAGAACUUCGCAUAGCCACCGGCAUCUUUGCCCAAAAUGAACUACCAAUAAGUGAAAAUUUUGUCACGGCCGCCAAUCAACUGUACGGUGCAAACACUCAAAAACUAAACUUCCGUGACACACUGUCCGCAACUUCAUUGAUCAACAAGUGGGUUAAUCAGGCAACCAACGGACGAAUCCGAGAGAUCACUAGAGGGCAGCUGCAACCCGAUACAAGCAUACUGAUCGCAAGUUCGCUAUAUUUCAAAGCAACCUGGGAGACUGAGUUCACGGCAAGAUCUACGAGAUCGAAAGAUUUCUUCCCCGACGGACCUGGUCGAUCUUCCGUUAAAGUAGAUACCAUGAACUUGAAUGGUUGUUUGCCUUACACUUUCCAGAAGGAUCUUGACGUUCGCGUGAUUGGUCUUCCGUACAGUGAUAAUGCCACGACCAUGUACGUGCUGAUGCCUCAGAACUCGACACGAGCCAAAGUACGCGCGCUACAGAACCGACUCACCGCUACCCGGAUCGAUUCCAUGAUAUCCGGCAUGAAGCGUCGAACCGCCAUAGUGAACUUCCCACGAAUGCAGCUGCUGAGCAGCACCGAUCUGGAGAAAUCAUUCCGUCUGCUAGGGGUUAAGUCUAUCUUCAGCGCUCAGCACAGCGAUCUCCGCUUUAUGCUGAAUCAGUCUUCCCAGGGCAAAAUCCCACUGUACGUAAGCCAAAUCAGCCACAAGGUUAACCUGAAUGUGGACGAGCGUGGAACGGAGGGAGCGGCCGUUACGGUGACGCUCAUUGACCGAACGUCACCAUCGGUGAUCUUCAAUGCGAACCAACCGUUCCUGAUUUACGUUCGUCACGACCCAUCGCGACUGCCGCUGUUCUACGGGGCGGUAUUUAACCCGAAGGGUUAGAUUGAGUACUAUAUCGUUGCAAUUUAUCUUAUGCCAAAGAAGAAACAAUCAGUAUGUUCAAUGAACGUGAUCGUCAUUAAUUGUUCGGGCAAUGACAGUCGGGUCGGUGUUUGUUGUGUUUGACUGACCAGAACGAUAGUUGAAAGAAGAGACUACCGGAGUUUUAUUUAUAGCAGCUAUUACGGAGGCGCGAGAUUACCUCUUGAUCAUAGUCAUUAAAAUGGGUGAUUUACUUAGGUUACCAAGUUGUAUUUAUUUCUGGAAUUAUCAACCAGAAAAUUAAAAAUUGUAUUGUAUCAAUUAAUACGAAUAAAGAACGCUAUUUUACAUA